AAUGUCGGCAUCCACGCCUCCGUCUUUCACGGAAUACAAAAUCCAGUCCGCUCUCCCGCCUGCCCCUUCCAAGGUAUCCGACCGUCAAGCCCUGCUGACCACCUCCGUGCUUGACCUGUUCGCCGGCUUUCCCUCGAAACGCAAGUUGUCCCUGUGGACCGAUGGCGCCGUGUUUUCUGAUCCCAUCACUAUCGCUACCGGUCGCAAACAGUACGAGGCUCAAUGGUACGGCCUCAAAGCGACCAUGUCCGACAUCAUCCAGGAGGAAGUGGCGAUUAAAAAGGUUGGCAACCCAAUGGAACUCCACCUCAAGACAAAGUACAAAGUCAAAGCAGUGGGGAAGGAGCAAGUCAUUGAAUCGACUGUGCUGAUGCAUACGACGGACGAGGGUGAGGGGGCAAAGAUCACCAAGGUCGAGGAUAAGUGGGGUGGGACGGCGCCGCCAGAGGGCUUCUUUGCAAAGGCCAUGAGAAAUCUCAACAGUGUCACUGUGCCGGGGGUGGUAUCUGUGCCGAAGUCUAUCGAAGAGGAGGAGGGCACGACGUGA